AUGAGCAGUCUGGGCGCAAAGAUCAAGGACAUCCUCCACUCCGACGAGUCCAAGGACACCACCACAGAGACAUCUCACCAUCCCCCAGGAUCAUUCCCCACAGAAGAAAUGGAGCCCAGCGAAACACACCAAGGCUACUCCAAGGGAUACGAGCACAACAAGCUUCACAAGGCCGAUGACCCUCGAGGCCAUGCACACAAGGACUCUGGUGUUGGCUUCACUGAGUCCAACGAUCCUACCUCCUACAAGCCCUCCAACGAGCCAAUUUCCGAGCGACGCGACGAUCCUCUAGACAGAACCACUACAACCGCUGGCACUGCGGCUACAGGUACUACAGCCGCUGGAGGUCUGGGUGACACCAGCAAGAUCCCCGCUACCGAGAGCUCCACUGGUGCUGCUGCACCCUCUACCCAGGACCAUCCCUACUGGGGUGAUCUUCCUAGCGGAGGCGUUCACAACACAGUCAUCGGCCACGGCAGCCCUGAAGAUGAGAAUGCACGUCAUCGGGCUGUUCACUCUGGCGCGACAGAGCCAACUCGAACGGCUGGUACUCUCGAGAGCGGAACAUUCCUCCACCGAAACGAUCGCGACACUACAUCCUCUACUACCGACCCCAUCGAUGCGCAGCGAACUACUCAAGAGAACCCCAGCCAAACAUCUGGCUCUCGCUUCAAUGAGAGCUUAGCUGGUGCUGGAGCCGCUGGCGCUGGUGCAUUGGGUGCUCACGAGCUUAACAAGCGCCGCCACGACGAUGAUACCCAAACACCAAGCAAGGUCGACCAAACCACCGAUAAGUCUCACGACGAACACAAGGACCGAUCAUUCCCUCUUCUCGGUAAGGAUCACAAGGAGAAGGAGGCUCACCACAAGGACAAGGAGACGCAUCACAAAGAGGACAAGCACGCUAAAGAACCCAAGGAGAGCAAGCUCGGCGCUCUCUUCCAUCGCAAGGAUAAGACAGAGACGGAGGCCAAGGCCGAGCAGGAGGCUGAUCAGGAGCGACAUGGUCAUUCAAAGCCUGCUCUAGCCGCUGCUGGAGCUGCUUGGGGUGCCAACACUGCUGGACGGGGUCAUGAUGACAAGACUCAGCGUGAUGUGACUGAUACUCGGGGUGCGACGCAGUAUCCUGCUUCGGGACUGGACUCUACCAGGGAUUAUAGCACACAGCCUACUGGUACUACCCAGCAGGAUAGUUCGCAUCGAGGCGCUGGUCUUGCGACUGGUGCUGCUGCGGGUGUUGGAGCUGGCGCUUUGGCGUCGCAUUAUGCUCAGCGCUCUGACAAUGAUCGAACUGGUCCUACCGGAACUGGCUACGACUCCCAGAGCUACAAUCCCUCUGGCACUUCUACCAGAGACCCUACUGCUCAGACAUACCAGCAACAGGGUUCUCACGGUGACCACAGCCUCGCGAAGGGUACUGCAGCUGGUCUAGGCGCUGGAACGCUUGCUUCUCACUCCGGACAGCACUCUAGCUCUAACCAGCCUUCAACCCUUGGCUCCUCCUCAGCAUAUGGUGCUCAGCCAGACCAACCCGCCAACUUCUCUCACAAGGAUCCUGUUGGUCAGACUUCUCAGCAUGACUCUCACCACGGUGCGGGACUCGCUGCUGGUACUGCCGCUGGUCUUGGUGCUGGUGCUCUUGCUUCGCGAUCUGGUCGUGAGCACGAAACUACUGGUCAGCACACUGGUCUUAACUCGAACCGUGGUUUGGAGUCGCAGGGCAACCAGUCUGCUUAUAGUUCUAGCAUCCCUACAUCUCAAUAUGAGCAGCAUGAUUCCCACCGUGGUGCUGGCCUCGCUGCCGGUACCGCUGCUGGCCUUGGUGCUGGUGCCUUGGCUUCUCGAUCUGGACGUGAGCAUGAGACUACUGGUCAAUCGGGACUUGACUCCAGCCGAGGUCUUUCAUCGCAGACUACUGAGCCUGGAUACAGCUCUGCCAACCCUACCUCCCAGCACCAGCAGGACAACUCUCAUCACGGUGCAGGUCUAGCUACAGGUGCUGCUGCCGGACUUGGUGCCGGAGCCCUGGCGUCUCGAUCCGGUCGCGACCAUCACUCUGAGCAGCCUAGUGGUCUUGACUCUAGCCGAGGCUUUGAGCCUCAGACCACUCAACCUACUUCCACUUCUACUCGCGACCCUACCUCUCAGUCCUACCAACAGGAGGGAUCUCACCGAGGAGCUGGACUUGCAACCGGUGCUGCUGCAGGUCUUGGAGCUGGAGCUCUUGCUUCGCAUGAGUCCAACAAGCGUGAUGAGGACCGUUACUUGAGCAAUGAUGGUUCUCGAACAGCUCAGCCUGGUGCUACUGGCACCGGCGCUGGCCUCGGAACCUCUUCCUCUGCCUUCGACAGCUCUCACCACGGGCCCUCCCGACAGUCAGAGCACUCCCAGCGCUCAACCGGUUCUCACCACUCCACCCUCGCCGAAAAUGCUAACGCUGGAAAGUACAACACCCUCGCAUCCGGCACACCCUCUGGCGUAGCCUACGACGUCGACGUCUCCACCAGCCGCUCUUCUCAGCAGCCUUCAUCUACCCAGAAGGAUGACAGUCACUUCGGUACCAAGGCAGCUGGUCUAGGUGCCGCAGCCGCCGGGGCCGGUACCGCAGCUGUUGUGUCCCGCAACAAGGAUGAGAAGCCUGUUGAGGACAAGAUUCGCGAGGAGCCUGAGACUGAGCGUAAGGUUGAUCAGACUGAGUCUCACAGACCUAUCACUGGUGCUGUUGCGCCGCAGGUUGGAACGAACAAGCCUGUUAUUCACAAGUGUGAGAAGUGUGGUGAGGAUAAUGACAUUAGCAAGUACUUUACUUCCAACUCUGGAAAGAUUUGA